CAUCACCAUAUUUGGUCGUGAGUGGAAACGUCAGCCGGAUGCAUCACAUUUAUACAUCCGGUGAAAUAUCUUGCUCGUUGUUAUAUGUGUAACGAAAUGUUACAUGACCUGCUUCGAAUUGAGCAUUUUGCCAUGACAUGACCAUUCUACAAAAUGUCGACAAUAGGACGUGUUUUGUCUAGUUCGUCACAAUAUUCUCUGUGUCGUAGGAUUGUGAUUGAUGGUAUCAAGACAAAGCUGAGAUUGAACCAUAUACGGACCGUCUGCUUGACCUCCCAUUGCCUGGCUAAGUCAAAGAAACCAGCAGAUGAGGAUGACGAGGAGUUUAGUCAACCCAUCAAGUUCUCUAGCAGUAAAGCCAGUCACAAGACUUGGAAUGUAGACCAGUCCCUGGGAAGCAAGUAUCAGCGGCCGUGGUGGAAAGUCCUCCCCAUCAGUCUCUUAGGGGUGAGCUUCUUGCUGUGGUGCGCACUGAGGGGCGAGACGGUUAUUGAUGAACAGCUUGAGAAGAAUCUCUAUGAACAGUUACCUGGCUUACUCUCAGAUGAAGAACAAAGCAAAUCUAGAUAAUAUUGUGCAAUUAAAAAAAUGUAUAAUUUAAGACUAUUAAUUUGAGCUCGAUUAGGCCAUGUCUAUGGCAUGCACAAUUGGUGUAUGCUUCCAGGCCGAUGAGCAAUGUUCAUAAAAUGUAUUGUAAUGUUCUGGCUAUUGUCCACCUGUGUCCAUAAGUGCAGAGGCUCAAUAGUUAUGGUCCCAAAUCCAAUUGUCAUUACAUUGUUCAUCAAGAUUAGACUAUCUAUGAUGAACAUUUAGUUGUCAGAAUGGUGUGAAGGUAACAUUGAUGCAGUUUAUACUUGACAUACAAUGGCAGGCGCCAUUAUCAAGCCUCUGCAGAAUGACAUGUACACUAAGUAAAUCUGAGUGAAAUUAACCAAGUUGUUACAUUGAAUGUUUUGCAGAUGCAGAAAUGUAAUUGUAGUUCAUGUAUUUGAAGAAAUGCCUUUAGUAGAGCCACUUGUUUUAGCCUCUGGUUUUUAAAUGUUCUUUAACUGAGCAUGUUUGCUUUGUAUAAGUAAUUUUGCUUGAAUUAAAAUGGCCUUAAUUUAGUCCUAAUUACCAGUUUAGGUAUACAUUUCCA